AUGCCUCAGGCCAGCCUUUUCUCCUAUUUUUCAAAGUCCCUAACGUCCACGUCCACCACGCCAGAGGGCGACAGAGGGCCCAAGAGCAAAGACUAUAGUCCUCAUGAGGGCGAUGUAUCGUUGCGCCUAGACCCGGUUCCGCCACAGGCCGGCUUAGGCAUACUGCGGCAAAUCCACCGACAACCCACCAACGAAGCCGCCACAGAUUCUGGUCAGACAGACGGGACAGACACAAACCUCGAAAGCCAACAUACUUCUAGGGAUGUCUCUGACAAGCCGCUCGACCGGUUGUCAUUUCAUCAUCCAACGGACGCCUCUCAGAUCAUUCCCAUCCCCCACCUUCCAGGAGCUCUCAUCACGACCAUUCACAAGUCGCAUCUGCAAUCGAUCCAACGCCUGACAAGCACGACCUUACCUGUCCGUUAUGGUGAAGUCUUUUUCACUUCGACUCUGUCCGAGCCGACCUCAUUCCAGCUGUCGCGAGUCGUCCUCUACUCAUCCGAGCCCGUCGGCUGGAUUCGAUGCCGGUUGGAGCCGUGCUCGCCCAGCCACAGUGUGUCUCCGUCAAAGUCGGAGCUUUCGCAGAUAUACGUCCAGGCGCUGGCCUUGUUGUCACCGUAUCGCGGGCUCGGGAUCGCCACGAAACUUCUCGACGUGGUCUUACAGUCCUCAAUCGCUCAGGCUGGUAGUACGGUGUGCAUCUACGCGCAUGUCUGGGAGAAGAAUGAGGAUGCCCUCGAGUGGUACGCGAAAAGAGGCUUCAAGCGCGUCAUGUUGAUUGAGAGGUAUUACAAGAGGCUGAGGCCCGGUGGAGCUUGGAUUUUGAGGAAAGAGCUGGAUGGGCGCUGA